CUACGUGAUGCGUCACUGCGCUUACGUGAAGUCGUGAUGCCAGUCUCGCGUGAUGAGACGGGAUUUGGCGUCGGGAUUUUCCGCAAGAGAGGCGGCCAGGAGCUUGCAGUUACCAGCUUUGUGGUAGGUGUAACACUGACACUAGAACUGCUUCAGGAAUAAAAGUUAUAUUGCUCACGUUUUAAAGCGAAAUGGAAGUCAUGAAAACAUUUAAUGAGUUGGACUGUGAUCGUUGCAAUUUUCAUGGCACUGAUUAUGAGAGUGUGCAGAUUCAUAAGGGCACUAUACAUCCAGAAUUCUGUGAUGAAAUGGAUACUGCUGGUUUGGGAAAGCUAGUGUUUUAUCAGAAAAGUGCAAGACUGUUUCAUUGUCACAGAUGCUUUUUCACCAGCAAGAUAUUUAGCAAUGUUUAUUAUCAUAUUGUAGCUCGUCAUGGAACUUCUGAAAAAUGGGGCAGUGAAAAGAAGCUUAUAUUAGAGGCAAAGUCUGAGCCAGAUUCUGUAGUUAUUUCUGAGAAAAAUUCUGAAAAUGGCACAAGCGAAGAUGAGAAAUCUGUAGAUGAUCAAGAGCAGAAGGACAAAUUAAGUGAAGCUGAAAAACCAGAUGAAAACGAUACCCUUUCUUCUUGGCCAGAAAAACCGCCAAAGGAAGAAAGUCAGGAGAGUUCUGAUAGUGAAUCUAAAAGCAGCAUUGUGGAAAAAUCAACUCCACAAUCCCCAGAAGCAAAAGAGAAGGAAUCAAGUAGUGAUCCGGAUUUGGAGUCUGAGUCCAAUAGCAGCAGUAGUAAACUCAGCAAAACAAACUCUAUUCCUGCGAGACAUGAAUUCUCUGACAAUGAGGCUGCAUCUUCACAUUCAAAAGACAUCCCAGAGUUCUCAGAUGAUGAUGAGCCUGAUGAUGAAACACCUGCUUUACCUGAUAGCCUUCCUCAUUUUUCUGAAGACGAAGAAACAGUAACACAAUCUAAAGGUUUGGAAGAGUCCUCGGAUGAGGAUGAGGAGCCUGAUCAGUCAAGGGGAAUUGAGGAUAUUUCUGAAGAUGAGGAGAUGCCAGUGGUGGACAAAGGCAUAGAGAAUGUAUCCGAGGAUGAAGCUCCAGUGCAAUCAAAGGAAGUAGCAGAGUCCUCGGAGGAAGAGGAAGUUCCUGUUCCAGCUCAAGAAACAAUGGAUUUUUCUGAAGAGGAUGAUACACCAGCUCUGUCCAAAGAUGUAUUGGAAUUUUCAGAAGACGAAGAGCCAACCAGUAUACCUAAAAACAUGACAGAAUUGUCAGAAGAAGAGGAUGAGUCUGCAGUUGCAGCAAAAAAUUUAAUGGGGUUUACAGAAGAAGAGGAGACAGCAAAUGUAUCAAAAAACAUUAUGGAGUUUUCAGAGGAGGAGGAUACACCAUCACUGUCUAAAGACAUUAUGGAGUUCUCAGAAGAAGAAGAUACUCCAGCAAUGCCCAAGAGCAUUAUGGAAUUUUCUGAAGAGGAGGACAGUUCUCCUCCGUCAAAAGACAUGCCCAAAUAUUUAGAAGGUAAUUUAACUCCAACUCAGUUAAAAGACCCACUAGAUGAUGCUCAGGAAGGGAAUAGCUCUGCAAUGAAGAAACCAUCAGCAUUAUUAGAAGAUGAAGAAACUCCUGAUGAAUCAAAGUUAAAGGAAACACCAUCCAGUUCAAAGCAGGAAGGGACUCCAACACACACAACAGGAGGCUUUCCAUUUUCAGAAGAUGAGGGAGCAUCAUCAUGGUCUAAAGAGUUAGUAGAGACACCAGAAACUGGUGACAUUUCUGCAAAUGCUCCAGAUAUGCCUGAUACUUCUGAUGAUAAAGAUGGAUUUAUCAGAGAUGAGGAAAUAAUGAAGCAUGUUAGGCGGGCAAAAGGAAAGUUUUAUUGCAUGUUAUGUGAGUGUCGUCCACUUAAAAAGGGACCUGUGUUGCACCAUCUUAUUACUAGACAUAACAUGCCCAGCCCGUUUAUUUGUAAAACAUGUGGAAAAACAUUUGUUAUGGAGACACAUCUUAAAAACCAUCUGGCGUCGCAUACCAAAGGUUUGUAUAAAUGUCUCCGUUGUAAUUUUCAGACCGAUCAUCCACGAGGAUUUAAAAAACAUCAAACUCAUUGCCAGAGAUGCCACAAAGAUGAGACAGAGCAGCCAGUUUUGGACUUACAACAGAGUAAAGAGGAAAACUAAUGGGAUUCUUGGCAUGGUGAGAUUUCGUGGGGGGUGGAAAAUCUUAUUCUGUUAAUGUUAGCCUCCUACCGGUGAAUUUGGUUAUGUAUUUUAUUAAAGGAGAAUGUUUUUUUUA